AGUCAGGCAUUCUCCAUCAAACUCUUUACACUAUUCACUGAGAGAUGGCAAAAGAGCAAUUUACUGUAUUUGAUUUUUAUUUUCAAUUGCGCAACACUACCACUAAGAAAUGUUGAUUCAAGUGCUCGCGAUCGCGUGUAUAACAGCAAAGCUAAAACACAAUGAGACUCUCAAUUUUCAACUCUUCUGUGGAAGAAAAUUCAGUGAUUGUGGAGAUUUCGUGUGGAAAGGAUGCUAUCGAUCAACAGUGCUACAAGUGUUUAUAUUUAUAAAAUUUUCAUCACAGUGUAAUCAAUUAGGAGUGACUGAAUAUACAAAACAAAGUGAUCAUUUAUGAGGAUUGCACUGUAACUUUUCCAAAGAGACAGAAAUAUCAGUGAAGUCAUAAGAUUUAUUUUUCUCUCAUGCCGGAAAAUAACUCACAAAAUGCGCUCAUGUGGUUGUAAUUUGUAGGGAAAAUUUAGGCAAAUAUAGACUGACGUGAAAAAUGACCAAAGGACUGCCCAGAGGAUACAUAAUAUUCCUCCUGGUGUUUGCAAGUGAAUUACUGUGGACUGAAGCCAAUCGAUUUGACUACAGUCGCGAGUACAGUGAAUACGUUGAGGAGAUUGAUAAGAACGACCAAUAUGCCAGCAAUGAAGAUGUUGAAUUAAUCGGGGCAGGAAAAGUGAAUCAUGGAUCAAUUGACUAUGACGAUGUACACACUGAUAUCUUCCAAAAUGCUCCUCCACAAGUUCACUGUAUUCACAGGGACAGGGGACGAAUAUGUGACUGUGGCUUUCGCAAUGAGGAGGCCAUUUUGCCCCGAAUGAUGGGAAGUAUUGCUCAUGUAACAGUCAGCAAUUGCAAAUUCGUGAGGAUUCUCAAUGGUACCUUCGACACUCUGACAAUGCUCAACAAAAUCACUUUUAUCAAUGUUGAGCAUCUAGUUCUGGACGAGAAUUCCCUCUCAUUCCCACGAACAUCGCUUCAACUUCGAGUGGCAUUGUCUUUUGAGAAUGUCAUCAUUGAACAAAUACCCUCCCAUGCCAUCAACGGCUUUAUCAACGCGAUUCACUUCGAUAGAUGCCGAAUUGGACUGAUCGCUCCUUUUGCCGUCACAGGCAUAAGGCAUACACUUAACGCAUUUUCCAUUACAAACACUUUCAUCAGCCGAAUUGAACAUCAAGCCUUCAAGAAAUUCACCUGCGGUACUUUUCUCAUUAUGAACUGCACCGUUCGUGGGCAGAUUUCAUCUCGCAGCUUUUACGAUUUGGACGUAACACAAUCUCUGCAAAUUGCAGAGAGUAACUUUACAUCCCGCGUCCAUUCGAGAGCUUUCGAUUUUCAAGUUGUCAGUCAUCUUGGGAUUUUCCGGAAUUAUUUUGCUGGCCUGAGCGGAGAGAGUUUUAAAAUGUCAGCCGUAAAUAUGCCCAAAAUCACGGAAAACAACAUUAGUUUCGUAGAUCCGAGAGCAUUUGCCGGAAUUGUCGUUGAGAGAGAAAUCCAGAGGAGAUUGAGUGAACCAAUGUUCUUCGAUUUUUCUCGCAACAACUUCGACACUCCCGACGAACCACAACCAUUGCAAUUUGCUCCGGAAUUUAGAUUGAUUUUCACGCGAAAUCAAUACAUAACACCCGUAACUUGUGAACAAAUCAACCAAAUUCAACACAAUGAAUUCUUCAAUCAAUUCUCCAGUGAGAUCUUCUUCAGACUCAGUGACUAUGUCAUCGAUGGGAAUCGCGAAAUCAGCGGAAGGGACGAAAUCCACUCAUUUGCUCACAUUGUGGAGAAUUACUGCAUAGAAACAUCAAUUAUGUGGUAUGCAUUUUUGGGAGUUGGACUAACCAUCCUCCUCCUGAUCAUUGCCCUAAUUAUAAUCCUUUGCGUUUGGUGGAGAAGGCGAAAAUCCAGACGAUUGGACAUUAUUAAACCCGAAGGAAAAACAUACCGUGAAACACAAAUUGUUAUGCAAAUUGAAAAUCAUGGACUCUUGAAGACUGAAUUGUAAAAAGAUUUCUUAGUCACUAGAUUUUAGUUUUUGAGUAGAAAAUUUGGUUAUAACUACAGAAGAGCAUAGUUUUUUCUUAAUACAAUAUUUAUAGCGAAUAAUAAUUUUAGGCCACGCCCACUUAAAAGGUCAUGGCCAAUUAGAGUUAACUUUUUUCAAUGUUUAAUUUUUAGUAAUGCGAUGCUGCAAUAGAGUCUAAGCAAACCUCGUCCAACAACUCACUAUUGGGUGUAGCUCUAAAAAUUCCACUGCAUAAAAAAAACAAACCACGCCCCUAAUAACACUUUUCACCGUAGAACGAGAAUAUCCUUAAUCACAUCGCAGUUUGAGGUAUAAUUUUUGCAUUUUUUAGCACUUUGAAAGACAUUACAAGACAGCAAGUAAAUUUCCGGAAAUUUGGGAGGGGCAAUGCAUUAGUGGGCGUGACUUCUGAAAGGAUGUGGCAAUAUUAUGUUUCCUUAAUGAACCUCAUUUCUAAAAUCCUAAUGGUAGUUUGGAUAAAAAUAAAAGCCUAUGACAGGAUACGAUUGACAUAAGCAAACGCAACUUUUGAAGAGAGUGACAGCAUUGACAGUACACAGAAAUGGGUGUGGUUUUCCAUAGACCGUUGUAGCUUAAUCUUUUCCUUUUGUUGUGGUCUUCAAACUGUUGAUUUUUAGCUAAGAGAGCGCAUGAAAAUGAGAAAUUAAAGGCGGGGACAAUGGACACAAAUGGGCGGGAUUUUGAAAAGGGCGUGGCUUAUUUUUUUCCUUUUACUCUACUGCUAUAAGUUUUACAAAGCAGCUAAUAAAAUAAGGCUUUGCGUGGGAACCGCGGAAAUAAUGGAACUGUGGAUUAAGUGGGCGUGGCGUUUAAUAGAGUGAAGCAGGAUCUUUCUUGUAGCAAUCUUUUGGAAAUGGAGUACUUUGCACAGGGAGGUGUAGAUUCUAUGAAGUACUGCAGUAUUUUUUAUCCUCUCAUUUUUAGCUAUCUUUGAAGAGAGAAAACCAAAAUCAGGAGUAUUAAGUGGCGAGAAUUUCGAGAAGUGGGCGUGGUUUCUAAUAGAGAAUUGCACAUUAUUUUUUUAGCUGUGCUGUGUUCGUCGAUCGCUUGAUACAAGAAAGAAGAUGAAUAUUAGAAAUUCCGGGCGGGAACAAUAGACACAAAUGGGCGGGAAUUACAAGAGGGCGUGGCUUAAUAUAUUUCACUUUUUUCUACUGCUUAAACUUUUACAAGAAGGCCCAUAAAAUUCAGCUUUGGACGGGUACGGUACAAUGUCCAUUAGUGAACAUGGCUUUUGACAGAGUGAAGCAGGAUUUUUUUCUUUGAGCUCCCCCCCCUUCUUAUAGUAAUCUUUUCGGAAUAGAACACUUUUCAAAGGAAGGUGUAAUUUCUAUGAGGUGUUCGAACAAUUUAUUCUCUCAUUUUUAGCAAUCUUAGGGGAGAGAAGAAGAAUGAGAAGUAUUAAGUCGAUACUGGAUGAGGUCAAUAGACAAAAAUGGGCGAAAAUUACAAGGGGGCGUGGCUUAAUAUUUCCUUUUCACUAUUGCUAAAACUCUUCCAAGAAGGCUCAUAAAAUAGAGCUUUGGGCAGGAUCCGUUUAAAUAAUGUCCAUAAGUGGGCGUGGCUUUUGACAAAGAUAAGCACGAUAAAGUUUUUCUCUUAGUCCCGCCCGCUCUCCCUUAUAACAAUCUUAUGGGAUUGGGAUACUUUGCAGAGGUGGAGCUUCCAAGAUGUAUUGCAGCGAUUUUUCUUUAAUUUUGCGCAAUCUUAGAAGCUUUGGUUGAAGAUAGUUUACAAAAGUGGGCGUGGUUUCCUAGAAAUCAGUUACAUGUAACUUUGUUCUAUGUUUAUUAUUCCCAAAAAAAUGUUUUCGGUGUACACAAAGGGUUUGACUUCCAAUAAGGCGUAACAGGACAUUUUUUCUCCUGCCUGGCCGUUUUUAAUAAACGAAGGAGAGGAUAAAAAUUAUGGGCUUUAGGUGAACAAAUCUAAUAAAUGGGCAAAACAGCAUAACAACUUUGCUUCUUUUUGCAUAAAUAUCUUACACUGCAACAGAUAAAAAUCACUGGAAGUUUGGAUUGCGAAAAAAACAGACAAGUGGGCGUGGCUUCCAAUAGAAUGGGGUAUAAUUUAUUUGUCCUUUGUCUCUAACUUCCGAGAAUAUUAAGCUUCAAUGGAUAAAAGAUAAAAGGCUUGUAAUAUUUGAGGUAUAUUGCAUAUUUAUUUAUUUUUAGUAAAAUAGGGGGCGUGGCCUAAUUGCUUUUAGUGACAGGGUAUUUUUAGCUCCGCUCACAGUAAUUUUUUUUAGAUAUAGCUUGUCCAGAAGGUGUCAUACCAUCUCUUUAUAAUUAUUAAAUAUUGAAAAAGAUAGUCAUAAUUACAGAAAAGGGCGUGGCCUAAAAUAAUUUUUAAUUUUGAUUUUCUGAAAAUCUGACGAUUUCCCUGUAAAAAAAAUAUGCUCUUCUGUAGAAGUGUUUAAAAAUUAUUAGGGAAGAAUAUAAUAUUGCUAAGUCAAUUGUGAUCGAAUGUUCCUAGAGGAAGUACUAGUAAAAUAAAUAAAGUAGGAUAGGGCUAAAAAAAAA